AUGAAUUUUUAUUAUUAUUAUUAUUAUUAUUAUUAUUAUUAUUAUUAUUAUUAUUAUCAUUAUUAUAUUCAUCCAGCGCCGUGCGUAGUGAUUUGUCUGUCAAACGAACGUCGGCGCGGUCGUGACCGGCGUGGAACGGUUUCUCCGUUCCGCGCGUCAGCGCCAACGGAGCAGCAGCGCCGGACUCCUUUUACGCAACAGUUGACGAGCGGAGGAGCAGCUUGUGAUGCACCCCCACCCCCCACCCCACCCGACCCUGCGUCACAUGGUGGAGAGAUUAAUAAUAAUAAUAAUAAUAAUAAUAAUAAUAAUAAUAUAAAAAAGAUGAUAAAUGUCGCAUCUGCCCGGAACAACGCUGACCAUCCACGGACGGACGGACGGACGGGCAGACGAUCUUCGUGGGUGACUGAGCUAAAGCCGUGUGCGCUAGAUAGGAGGCUCAUGGAAAUCUUGCGCAGCUGGCGCUUCAGCCCAGGAUUAUCAGCCGUCGCGCCGCGCGGCGGGUUCCGCCCCCCCCCCUCCCCCUCCCCACGAGCUGCCAGCGACGACCGUGAUCCCGCACCGGGCCUCCGGGCACCUGUGGUAUGUGUGUAUAUGUGUGUGUGUGUGUGCGCGCGCGCAAGGGGUGAUGAUGCGACAAGGAAGAGGAAGGAAAGAUCGCGAGCGGGAACUGCCCCAGCAUUCGCCUGGUGUUGA